AUGGCCACUCAGCUAUUGAAGCUUGUUGCAGAGUAUGGCUUCAAGAUCGGAGAUAUUGAGGUAGAAAUUGCAUGGACAUUCAUCGCCUCCCUCAUAUCUUUGGGUCCCAAUUUCGUCCCCCCUCACUCUCCCAAAACUACUCGUCCUUUGGCGGAAAGCCUGGUUCUCCGCAACAAUGAUCAGUGCGCCAUGAGAUUGGUGGUGGUGUGA